CACCUCUAGUCUAUUUAGGGGUCCGUGUUUUCCCAACUCUCUAUUUUGUAUUGCUUAUGGGAGUACAAGCAUAACCAAAUCAAAGAAACGCAAUCCCAAUAUCUGACCAUAAAUUUGGUACCUGAUAGAAUUCAAUUUCCACUGCGAUCGUGAAACAGACAAGAGGUAUCAAAGUUGAUAUCACGUGUAAAAAUGCUUUCCCUACAGAUCAACAUUAAAUAAAACAAUAAAAUUUCAAUUCUAAAUUUGGAAAUACAUAUACCAGAUCUAAAGGAAUAAAAUAACAAUGAUUUUUAGAAUCCCUACAUAUACGUGAAUACAACACUUGUUCCGAAAUGUUGCGGUGCCGAAACGUCCGGUACCGAAACGCCGUGAUACCGAAAUAUAGUCAUGUUUACACAAGAUGGCGCUGAGAUAGAACGAUGUGACUGUUCCAACAACGAAUUCUGUUUUGUCACCCAGCGGCAGUCUCACAGGACGUCAUAACACGAGCAUCACUAAGCCUAACCCCAAGAUACACGUGCGUGCGGCUGAUAUGGAUGAAACCACGUGCGAAUCUCCAAGAAAGAAGACGAAACUAUCGAGCGAAUCCGAAAGAAGACAUGACAAUGACUAUGUAACUUCAACUGUGAGUCCUGCAGACCCGGCGAUCCGUGAACUGCCACAGAAAACGAGUGAGUGGAUAGGGGUACAUUUAUCGCAGAUUCAUGUGACUGUUGAUGGCUCUGUGACGUCACCUUUAUGUGUAUUUACUUGUGGAUACACGGAUUUUUUGAGAAAUAAUGACACCCACACUCUACCUGAAGUUAUUGCAGAUAUUUACGGAUCUCGGGACCCUGAACUAGAUGCGAAGUACCACUGCUGUAUAAAAGCAUGUACGGAUGUGUUUACAAUGGAUGCUGAUUCCAUAUUUAAUGUACCUAAACAACAACUUCAGGAAUUGAUUGUUGAACUUAGAAAACCAUUCCGUGAAACAGCUUUCGGAAAGUGGAUGAAAAAAUGGAAAAAGUUGUAUAUAGUUGGAAAGAAUGAAACAAUUAAAGAUUUUAUUGCAGAUGCUUGUGGAAGUAUCCAUGGCCGAUUACAAGAUUUUUGUGAGCAGUUAUUGUACAUGGUUAGAAGUGACAACACAGACGUGACAGAAGGAAUAGAACAUGAAAACUUUUGGAGCUCAGAUCCAGUGAUAACUAUUGGAAACCAGAAUAUCAUUUCUGUCCCUGAUGCCCUUAUCUACCAAGCCGCAAAGAAAUUGUCAUCAAAAGAGGAAAUAGUAGCAGUAGUGAAGGUAAGUUUUUCUGAUUGAUUUAUAUCUGUCUGUCUGACAGUAGUGAAGGCAAGUUUUUCUGAGUAAUUUAUAUGUCUAUCUGUCUGACAGUACUGAAGGCAAGUUUUUCUGAGUAAUUUAUAUCUGUCUGUCUGUCUGACAGUAGUGAAUGCAAGUUUUUUCUGAUUUAUUUUUAGUCUGUCUGUCUGACGAUAGUGAAGGCAAGGCUUUGUCAAUCUUUAGCUCACAUUAGUCCUGAAAGGAAGGCUCAAGUGAGCUUUUCUGAUCAAAACUUUCCGUUUUCUGCAGUUGUCGUUGUUGUUGUCGUAAAUUAUUCACAUUGUCAUCUUCUUCUUCUAAACCACUUGACCAAUUUCAACCAACUAAAUUGACACAAAUCCUCCUUUGUUCAAACAAGGGGCAACAACCUUUCUAAGGGGAUAUAAUAGCAAAAUAGCAAAAAUACAUUGACAAAUUUUAAUAAAAAUUUUCCAAAACCAAUAGGCCAAUAUCAAUUAAACAUAGCAGAAAUCACCCAUGGGUGAAGGGGAUUAAAGUUUACUCACAUGAAGGGUCAUGCUCCUUUCAAAGGAGAGAUAAUUACAAAAAUAUGGUGUGUCAUUUAAAAAUCUUUUUCUCAAGAACCACUAGGCCAGACAAGUUCAAAUUUACAUCACAGCUUCUAGGCAUAGUGGAAAUUCUAAUGUGUAAAAGUCAUUCAAGACUUUUGUAAAAUCAUAUAAAAUCUUAUCAACACCAAUAUAAUGGUUCAACUGUUAGGUUGAGUUCAGCUACAUAUCUGAGAUUGAUAACUUUUCGUUAUAUUCACCUUGAUAGGAGUUAUGAGAUUGAUUACUGUUCAUUAUCUUCACCUUUAUAGGAGUUACUUGUAUGAGAUUGAUCACUGUUAGUUAUCUUCACUUUUCAUAAAGUGUAGAUCAAAUAAGACAAAUUCUAAGAGGAGCUUGGUCUGCUCCAUGAAGUUUUUCUAGAGGUAUAACGUAUAUGAGGGAUUAAAAACUUCACAUUUUACAACUGAAGUGCUAUAUAUAUACAUGUAGUCAAAUCGCAAUAUUUCAGACUUGAUAGGGCGAGAAAAAAACCCACCAGAACUUCAAAAUAUCAGGGGAUUCAAGAUGUUGAGGUUAAAGUACAUAAAGAAAAUGUAGUCAGGACUUCCAUUAUUAUUUCCAUAGAAUUCAAGAUAUCGGUGUUCAAGAUACUGAAGUUUAACUAGUCUAGUCAAUCUAGCAAAUCACCUCAAAGUAAUUGCAACAGAAACAAACUCGACGGAAUUUAAUAAACAAAAGCGUGAUUAACAACAUACAAAAAAUCGGACAAAAUCGGACAAUGGGAAAUAUUUAAAAUUUAGACUUAAAUGUUUUAGUAAACCAUCGAUAUUUUGUGGUGUUUACGGCACGCCGUACACGUAAAGGGAAGUAACUUAACUGUGACAGUCAUCGGAAUAAAGUUAUACAUGACGAUCUAAAGUGCAUGUAAUAAAAACGCGAUUAAACAGCUAAACAGUUGUAUUAAAAAGGUGAUUUUAAGACUUUCUAUAUACAUACAAUAUUGCUCAGCAUCUCAUAUUCUUUGCCGACUUCCAUUCCCGGGGAACUUUCGCGAAUAAAGCUUCAAAAUAUUUUGUUUGACCUUCUACUGAAUUAAUUUUAAUUAUAAAACACAAUAUUUACUUUAGAAGUUAUGAAUAAUCAAUUAUAAAUGAAAUCUUAAAGAAUCAGUGUCAAUUUACAAGGGGGAAUUACGGUUGUUAAAAAAGAAAGUAUGGAAAGCCAUUCAGGUUAAAAAUUUCAGUUAUUUUGUAUCUUCAUCAUCUGAGCAAGCGUUUUGUAUUAAAAACUUUUAUAAAACUAAGUAAGUAAAGUAUAUUUGCUUUUCUUUUUCAAAUUCAGGUUUGGGGAGUCAUUCAUGGGUAAUAAUAAUGAUAAUAAAACAUUGAUAAUAUAAAUAAUAAAAAUCAAUGUAAGUAAGCACUUGCGCAUAAUAUCAUGAUUUGAUGGAAAA